AGUGCGACAACUGCGUGGGCAAGAGCAACCGCAGUCGCGAGAUCAAGGCAUGCGCCUCCUUGGCGUCUUCGGGACUCGCGAAUAUGUCGGUGGCAUCCGCGAUGACUGCCGCGGAGGUGGAGUCGUAGAGGGAGCGGUGUGUGUCGUCUCUCUCUUGGUUCGUGAACUGGUGCACUGAUACGAGGUCCCACAAUUCGAAGAGGUGACUGGUGUCGGUGUCACAGAAUUCAGUCCAUAGUGCGGUGCCUUUUUCCGCUGUGCUGUCCAACAGGAACUCUGUUUCGAAAAGGGCAGCCGCGGUUCUGGCGAUGAGGAAGGCUACUGAUGUCGCAUGGAAAUGUGGCUGCGCGAGCACCGCCAACCGCGGCGCCAACCGCGUGGGAGUGGAACGGUGCCCGGACUCGGUCGGCUACCGCACCCCGCUCGAGGCCAUGACCGAGGGUGGACACGAGAAGAUGCUCUGGCUACCGUGCUCGGUGCCGCAGAAGGACAGGCCCGACUACUUGGCCACCGUGUGUGUGGACCAAGACUCCCCCGACUACUGCAAGGUGGUCCACCGGCUGGAGAUGCCGUACUGCGGCGACAGCCUGCACCACAUGAACUGGAACACGUGCAGCAGCUGCUACGGCAACCCGAGCAAGCGACGCGACAAGCUGGUGCUUCCCUGCCUCGACAGCGACCGCGUCUACGUGGCCGACUUGGCGCACAAUCCCAGGGCGCCGACCCUGUACAAGGUAAUCGAGGGUGACGAGCUGCACCGGGAAGGGCUGUCGGCGCCGCACACGACCCACUGCCUGGCCAGCGGCGAGGUCAUGAUCAGCACCAUGGGGGACGAGAACGAGAACGCCAAAGGAAGCUUUCUUCUGCUGGAGGAGCGCACAUUCAACGUUCGCGGCACGUGGCAGCCACAGCUUGACGUCUCCGACUUCGGCUACGACUUCUGGUACCAGCCCCGGCACAACGUUAUGGUCAGCAGCCAGUGGGGGGCCCCAUCGGCCUUCCGCAAGGGAUUUAACAUGGCGGACGUUGAACAAGGUCUUUACGGGAGCAGCCUAGUGGUGUGGGAUUGGACGUACCGCCGCAAACUGCAGACGAUCGACCUCGGUCCCGAAGGCACCAUGCCGCUAGAAGUACGGUUCCUCCACAACCCCGACGCCUCGGAAGGCUACGUUGGCUGCGCCUUGGGGGGCACCGUGUUCCGAUUCUUCAAAACAGAGGCGAAGGGAGAGAGCUGGGCAGCCGAGAAAGUCAUCUCGGUUCCCGCCAAGAAAGUGAAAGGCUGGGCCAUGGACGUGAUGCCAGCGAUCAUCACGGACAUACUGAUAUCUCUGGACGACCGGUUCCUCUACGUCGCCUGCUGGGUCCACGGCGACGUGCGCCAGUACGACAUCACCGACACCAGCCAUCCGAAGUUGGUGGGACAGGUCUUCACGGGAGGCUCCAUCUACAGGAGCGGACCUGUCAAGGUGCUCCACGACGAAGAGCUGAAGGGCCAGCCCGCCAGGUGCACGAUACAGGGCAAGCCUGUGCGGGGAGCCGCUCAGAUGCUGCAACUGAGCUUGGACGGCAAGCGUUUGUACGCCAGCACGACCCUUUACGGGCCGUGGGACAAACAGUUCUACCCCGAGAUGUGGGAGGAAGGCGGCAUGGUAAUACGCAUGCACGCGAACACAGUCAAGGGAGGCCUGACCAUCGACCAAAGCUUCCUGGUAGACUUCGCCGACGAGCCCGACGGACCGUCGCUUGGCCACGAGAUACGAUUACCUGGGGGCGAUUCAACGUCCGACAUAUGGACGUGACAGGCUACGUACACAGUAUACGGCCCUUGUGCAGACAUUAUAGAUAGGGUUUCGCCAUUUCCCUUUACAACAGAAAUGCAGAUAUAAAGAAUACGCCGAAUGUAGGUGCUUUCAUAAAGUUGGUUUAUGCCGAAAAAUAUCACUAUGACUGGGCAUUUGGGUUAGCUUAAAUAAUAAAGAAGUGGUGUGUACA